CUUCUGGGGAGGAAUUAAAUAGAGACGCUGCCUGCUGCCUCCAGACAGCUGAGCCGAGUCGCUGAUUGCUUUAACUUUUAAGACAUUCAGCUUGCCUGAUUUUCUCAGAACCAUUGUAUUGCUAAGACUGGAGACCCUGUUUUCUUUUACAAAGGGAAAUCUAAGUUCAUUUCAAGGCAUCCGAAAUGGGGAAAGACUAUUAUUCCAUUUUGGGAAUUGAAAAAGGCGCUACAGAUGAAGAUAUUAAAAAGGCUUACCGAAAACAAGCCCUCAGAUUCCAUCCGGACAAGAACAAAUCCCCGCAAGCAGAGGAGAAAUUUAAAGAGGUCGCAGAAGCCUAUGAAGUACUGAGUGAUCCCAAAAAGAGAGAGAUAUAUGACCAGUUUGGGGAAGAAGGGUUGAAAGGAGGAGCAGGGGGCACUGAUGGACAAGGAGGCACCUUCAGGUACACCUUUCACGGAGACCCUCAUGCCACAUUUGCAGCCUUUUUUGGAGGUUCCAACCCCUUUGAAAUUUUCUUUGGAAGACGGAUGGGUGGAGGCCGAGAUUCUGAAGAGAUGGAAAUAGACGGUGAUCCCUUUAGUGCCUUUGGAUUCAGCAUGAACGGAUAUCCAAGAGACAGGAAUUCUGUGGGACCGUCCCGUCUCAAACAAGACCCUCCCGUUAUUCACGAACUUAGAGUAUCACUUGAAGAAAUAUAUAGUGGCUGUACCAAACGGAUGAAGAUUUCUCGAAAAAAGUUAAACCCUGAUGGAAGGAGUUACAGAUCUGAGGACAAAAUUCUCACCAUCGAGAUUAAAAAAGGGUGGAAAGAAGGCACCAAAAUUACUUUUCCAAGGGAAGGUGACGAAACACCAAAUAGUAUCCCAGCAGACAUUGUUUUUAUUAUUAAAGACAAAGAACACCCCAAAUUUAAAAGAGAUGGAUCAAAUAUAGUUUAUACUGCUAAGAUCAGUUUACGGGAGGCAUUGUGUGGCUGCUCAAUUAAUGUUCCAACGAUGGAUGGAAGAAACAUACCUAUGUCAAUCAGUGAUAUUGUGAAACCUGGGAUGAGGAGGAGAAUUAUUGGAUAUGGGCUGCCAUUUCCAAAGAACCCUGACCAACGCGGUGACCUGCUAAUAGAGUUUGACGUCUCCUUCCCAGAUGCCAUAUCUUCAUCAUCCAAAGAGAUCCUUAGGAAGCAUCUCCCUGCCUCAUAGAAUGAGAAGAACCUUGCUACCCAUAUUUUGAUAAGACACUCAAAAUAUGAGAGGAAUGGCAUUGGACGGAUGUGAAUUCUGUAUAAAGAUAUGUAAACUCUUCUGAGGGUUCAUUAAAUUGCAUGGAUAGAGACGGGUCAAAUAGACAAAGUGGAUUUUUACAGUAGAAAUGAAGAAAGUAAAACCACUCACUGUAUUGUAUUUCAUUUCUCCCAAAUCAGAAACUUUUAGUAUUUCAUUUGUUAGUGAAAGUUGGUUUUGUGGUCAGUAGAUAUACUUCUAGUAAAGUACUAGGUCAUCCAAGUACUUUAUCGCGUGUGUCUUUAAGUGAUCCAUGUGAUAGACUCUCUUAGUAGAAAUUAAAAUUCUUACCUGUACAUGUGAUACUCGGAGGAGAGUAACAGCCAGGGUCACAUGGAAACGUGGUCCAGGUCACCUUCAGAAGUGCUCUUUUGAGCUGUACCAGGAAAAGAAGGCACUGAUGUAUAUGCUUCACCGUUGUGACUUCUCAAGUGUGCUGUUGCAUUUCUCAAGAGCAUGGUUGUGGUGUCCUUAAAGCAGCCCUCCUCAUACAAAGAAAAGGAAUGACAUCCCAACAGCCCACAUUACUGAUGCUUUAGCAGCAGAGCAUUUCAAAUGGCCACCUGUACCUUUACGCAAGUUUGACUAUAUAUCUUAAACUGAAUACGAUAGGCUCAUCUUGUUGUUCAUUAGGUUAAGAUAAUGUGUUUAAUACUAUUUGUUUUUAGAGAACAUGCUGUUACCUGGCAUUAAUUUUCCAUUUACAAUCAUCUAUCCUCAUAACAUGCUGUAUGUACCUUACAUAAUUUCCCUAAGAACCCUGAGCUGCCACUAUGAUGUUAAACCAAAUAGGGACAGGGUAGACACUACAGCUGCUCAUGGGUCAUGUCACUACUAGUUGUUACGCCUAUAAAUAUUUUACCUAUUCAUGUAUAUAGAUUGUUUCCUAGGUGUUUUAAUUUUUUAAAUAUAUUUGCAUUUAAAAU